CACUAAAGCCUCCUGCACUGAGCUUGCUCAGUCAGCGAUUGCACAAACAUACAUACAGUUCGCUGUUGAGAGACACCCUGUCUCGAAACUCUCGUGGAAAAUUAGAUUGAGAUCGUAAUUUUAUUUACUCUCCAACACCGUGGAUUUUGACAUUCUAACGGGGAAUUAAAGCACAAAAUCGAAGUGGAAUAAAUAAGAAAAUAAAAGCAAGCCUGAGUGGGAUGGAAAACAGGCAGAGACCGAGCGGCCAAGCAGUCACACGGCAAGUACUUUGGUUUCCCUUCUUAUUCUCUUUGUUCUGCCGGGCGGUCUCGGAGCAGAUUCGUUACUCCAUUCCUGAGGAAAGCCAAAGUUCCCUUGUGGGGAAUCUCGCCAAGGAUUUGGGAUUGGAUGUCAAAGAACUGCCGCAGCGGAAGCUCCGGGUCAGUUCGGAAAAGCAGUAUUUCAGUGUAAAUGGGGAAAAUGGCAACCUGUAUGUGAAUGGCAGGAUAGACCGUGAGGAGAUAUGUGGGGAGACACCCCUUUGUGUCCUGACACUCGAAACGGUGGUUGAAACCCCUUUAAAUAUUUACAACAUGGAUAUAGAAAUUCAGGACAUUAAUGAUAACGCUCCGAGCUUCGACGAAAAUAACCUUGUGUUAGAAAUCAAUGAAUUUACACUGCCAGGGGCGCGCUUUCCACUCGAAUCGGCCCAAGAUCCCGAUGUUGGACUGAAUUCACUGCAAAAUUACCGGCUCAGCCCAAAUCAGUAUUUUAUCCUGGCAGUGAAGGAGAAUGCAGAUGGCAAUAAAUACGCAGAAUUAGUUUUAGAUAGACCUUUGGAUCGGGAGCACCAAACUUCUCAUAUCUUGAUCUUGAUGGCUUUGGAUGGGGGGGGACACUGUGAGAACGGGACCGCUCGGAUUAACAUUAAAAUCACUGAUGCCAAUAACAAUCCCGCAAUAUUCACUGAAGAGAUCUACAAAGUCAGAGUAAGUGAAAAUCUAGCCAAAGGCUCCGUAGUGGUACAGGUGAAAGCCAUGGAUAAGGAUGAAGGAUUCUAUGGAGAAAUCAGUUAUUCCUUCAGUAAUGCCCCCAAAAAUGUCCUGCAGUUAUUCAAAAUAGAUCCUGAAAAUGGAAUAAUAACAAAUACAGAUAUUCUGGAUUUUGAAGAGACAAAUAAAUAUACGAUGGGAAUUGAAGCCAGGGGUGGGGGUGACCUGACUGGUCACUGCAAAGUUCAAAUAGAAAUUAUUGACGAGAAUGACAACGCCCCCGAAGUAACCCUUACAUCCGUGUCCAGUCCUAUCCCUGAAGACACGUGUCACCUUCAACACGUGUUGAAGGUGACAGGUGAUUUUUCCAUUUUCUCCUGCAUUUCGGUCACAGGACACGGGCUUAUAAGAGCCCGUGACCGAGAUGCAGGAGAAAAUGGAAAAAUCACCUGUCACCUUCAACACGACUUGCCUUUUAAAAUACUGUCCUCCUCUCGUAAUGACUGCAAAAUAAUCACAGACAGCACCCUGGACAGAGAAAAGAUCCCAGAGUAUAAUAUUACAGUUAUCGCCGCAGACAAAGGCACCCCCCGUCUCUCCGCCCAGAAAACCAUCCUGUUGCAGAUCUCGGAUAUCAAUGACAACGUCCCUGUCUUUGAGAAACCUUCCUACACCGCCUAUGUGCCAGAGAACAAUCCCUUGGGGACCUCUAUUUUCAGUUUAAAAGCCUCAGACCGGGAUCUGGACCGGAACGCCCGAGUCACUUAUUCCAUCCUGAGCAGCAGCCUCCAGGAGCUGCCUCUCUCCUCCUACAUCUCCAUUAACUCCCAGACCGGAGCGAUCUAUGCGCAGCGCGCCUUCGACUACGAGCAAUUCCGGGAGUUUGAGAUGCAAGUGAAGGCCCAAGACGGCGGGUCCCCGCCUCUCAGCAGCAAUGUCACCGUCAGGGUGUUUAUUGUGGAUGAGAAUGAUAACGCCCCUCGCAUCCUGUACCCUUCCGUCGGAGCCGAUGGCUCCGCCUUGUUCGAGAUGGUGCCUCGCUCGGCCGAGGCAGGUUAUCUGGUGACUAAGGUGGUGGCGGUGGAUGCUGACUCAGGACACAAUGCCUGGCUCUCCUACGAGUUGCUCCAGGCCACGGACCCGGCGCUCUUCAGCAUGGGGCUGCAGAGCGGGGAGAUCCGGACAGCCCGCGCCUUUGCGGACAGAGAUGCCGUGAAGCACAGGCUGGUCACCCUGGUGAAGGACAACGGGCAGCCGCCUCUGUCCGCCACAGUGACUCUCAACCUGGUGUUUGCGGAGAACUUCCAAGAGGCUCUUCCGGAAAUGAGCGACCGAUCGGGUGACUCGGCACCUCAGUCUGAUUUACAGUUCUACUUGGUGUUGGCUUUAGCCUUGAUCUCAUUUUUGUUCCUCCGAACCGUUACGCUGGCCACUCUGAUGAAAUUUUAUAGAGCAAGGAAUCUCCCAGUUCUGAGAUGUUUCGGUUCUGAUUAUUCCAAGGCGGGUCCCAGAUUCCCCCCAGCUACUGCGAUGCGACUUUACCGUAUAGCUAUAAUCUGUGUUUAGCCGUAGACUCCGGAAGGAAUAACUCUAAUAUUCUAAAACCAAAUGGCCAAAACGAUGUCGGAGAGAUUAUCCUUUCCAAUGACAACUCUCAGAUGUUUAUAAUAUGCAACAGCACCUCCGCUUCC